CUGCUUUCCUGGCUCCUGAUUGGUCCAGAGGGCGCCUCCUUUACGGCCGCUCUCCGCCCCGCCCUCCUGUCUUCUGCUCAGGCUGCUAACAUGGACACAGCUGGAAAAGUCAUCAAGUGUAAGGCUGCUGUUGCCUGGGAAGCUGGGAAGCCUCUGUCAAUUGAAGAGGUGGAAGUGGCCCCACCCAAAGCCCAUGAAGUCCGCAUCAAGCUGUUUGCCACCGGCGUGUGCCACACUGACGCUUACACCCUGAGCGGCAGUGACCCAGAGGGCCUGUUCCCUGUCAUCUUGGGCCAUGAGGGGGCUGGCACCGUGGAGAGUGUGGGGGAGGGGGUCACCAAGUUCAAACCUGGUGACACUGUGAUCCCUUUGUAUGUGCCUCAGUGUGGAGAAUGUAAAUUCUGCAAAAAUCCCAAGACCAACCUUUGUCAGAAAAUUAGAGUGACCCAGGGACAGGGUCUGAUGCCUGAUAAGAGCUCCCGGUUCAGCUGUAAGGGCAAACAGCUGUUCCACUUCAUGGGCACCAGCACCUUCUCCGAGUACACUGUGGUGGCAGAUAUCUCCCUGGCCAAAGUCAGCGAUAAGGCUCCCCUGGACAAAGUGUGUUUGCUGGGCUGUGGCAUCUCUACGGGCUAUGGAGCAGCAAUCAACACUGCUAAGGUCGAACCGGGCUCUACCUGCGCCGUGUUUGGGCUGGGGGCCGUUGGGCUAGCUGUGAUCAUGGGCUGUAAGGCUGCAGGUGCUUCCAGAAUCAUCGGAGUGGACAUAAACCCAGCCAAGUUCGACAAGGCCAAGGAGUUUGGAGCCACUGAGUGCGUCAACUCCAAGGAGCACACCAGGCCCAUCCAGGAAGUACUGGUGGAGAUGACCGACGGAGGGGUGGACUACUCCUUUGAGUGCAUCGGCAACGUGCAUGUCAUGAGAGCGGCCCUGGAGGCGUGCCACAAAGGCUGGGGGGAGAGUGUGAUCAUCGGGGUGGCUGGGUCCGGACAGGAGAUCUCCACCAGACCCUUCCAGCUGGUCACAGGCAGAGUGUGGAGAGGCACGGCCUUUGGAGGCUGGAAGAGCGUGGAGAGUGUUCCCAAACUGGUGGAGGAUUAUCUGAACAAAAAGCUGAAGGUGGACGAGUUUGUCACCCACACUCUGCCCUUUGACCAGAUCAACCAGGGCUUCGACCUUAUGCACUCCGGACAAAGCAUCCGGACAGUGCUGACCUUCUGAUGUGCCACACGACAGCAUCAGCCUCUUCACAUCCGGCCUUUACACAAUCAGAUGAAGCACUUAUUUGUUAUACUGUGAACAAUAACUUAGCGUUAGAGUUGUUUUCUAAUCUUAAGAAAAAAAAAAGUUUGAACUAAAAAUUAAAUUGAUUUGAAAAUUG